CUGCAGUCAGGUUAAGGAAAUCACUAUUUGCUCUGAAGGAGAAGGAAUGUAGGCAAGCUGUUCACAGUGAAGUCUCUCGCAGCAGUACUGAAGAUGUUCCUGCUACUUUUAUUCCUCGCAUUUAUCUCAGGCGUUUGCUCCAUGACAACCGAGGAGAUCUAUGUCAGAGCCGGUGACCUGGUGAUGCUGCAAUGUGGAGAGUGUACAUAUGAUGGUACUGUAGUGCUUUGGAAACUGGAGACUGGCCAGAAAACACAACUCUACAGCAACAUGUCAGCAUCUGAGCAGCAGCGGCUUGGUUUGGUUCUGUAUCAGGACGACCUGGUGAUUCUCAGUGCAUCUUUAAACCAUCAGGGGAAUUACACAUGUGUUCCUCUCAGGAACAGCAGGUGCCAGAUGGCGUUCAGGAUUACAGUAUACUCAGAGUCGUCCAGAGAGGUUGAGUUUGGAAACAGGUACAAUCAAACAUGUUACAAAAACCAAACCUGCGAACUGAACUGCCCUGAAGAAAACCUCCCCUGCAGCACUGCUUGGGAGCUGCUGGGAAUCACAUGGCACAAGGAGAAUGGUGCAGUCUCAGAUGAUUUCUUCCCAAAUGUUGAUGUAGAAAAAAGUGGAGUCUACAUCUGCACCAGGUCUUUCUUGUAUUCUGGUCAGACAUAUAAUGCCUCCUUCACAGUGGUACUUGAUGUCCAGACAGGAAAGCCUCUGACAAACUUAGGAAUCUAUUCACCAAAGAAUGGGAAAGUUUUUGAAGUAGAGCUUGGCAAAACAGCGGAGAUUACUUGUACGGCACUCAUCGAUUCUAGCGACGGUUCACUCUUCUGGUUGAGAAAUGAUGAAUUCGUGGAGAAAAACGACACCCUUCGCUAUUUCUACAACGACACGAUCUCAAAGAACGCGUCAUUGGAUGACGUCAUUUGGAUGAGCGCAACUUUAGUCUUCAGAGAAGUGUUGGAAGAGGAUCUCUCUGCAGAAUUCAGAUGUAAACUUGAAAGUGCUGAACUCACACAUUUCAUCUCAGUCACGUUGGAUAAAACAGCUGGCUCUUCAUUUGUCAUUCUAACUGCAUGCGUCGCCUGCAUUGUGGUGGUGAUGGCUGUGAUUGUUGCUACAUAUGUGAAGUUUAAAAUUGACGUCACCCUCUUCCUAAGAGGCAAACUUGGCUCUAGUGGUUACCAGAGCAACACGUCAGAUGAAAGAAGCUACGAUGCGUUUCUGAUGUGCUACAAAAGCGUCACUGAUGGAGGACUAAGUGAGGAAGACAGAAAAUGCCUGGCGACUACUUUGGAGGAUGAGUUUGGUUACAGCAUCUGCCUGUAUGAUCGAGAUGUUUCACCUGGUCAAGCUAUCGCUGAGGCCGUGUUGGACUGCAUAGAGCAGAGCCGGGCUGUGGUUCUGGUUCCCAGCUUUCCAGAUCCUGAACCAGGAAGUGCAGUGCUAAGCGCCAUCCACACUUCUCUAGUGGAGCGGAAGACUCGCUUGAUUUUCAUAAACACAGAGCAGACGGCGGCGUCGAGAUCAGGCUCGUUUCCAGAGGCUUUGCAGCUUCUGAGUAAAGCCGGGAAUAGCGUCACCUGGAAGGGACGGCCGCCCUCCACCUCCUUCUGGAAGCAGCUGCGUUAUCACUUACCGGCCCCACAGCAAACACCAAAAAUGCAACUUUUAUCACAAGAAUGCUAGGAUGACGGGUGUGGUGGUGGCGCAGGGGUAAAGUGCAACCCAUGUACGGAGGCCUUAUUCCUCGACUCGGCCAUUGCGGGUUAGAGUCCCUGCCCGGUGACCUGUGCUGCAUAGUUUACAUCUUUUUCAUAAGCCACUUUCCUGUCUGAUAACUGCUAAAUAAAUGCCACUUUUACAGCCAACAAGACCUUUAAAAAGAACGCUAGGAUGAUACCUGAUACCACCUUUAGCAGAGCAAAGGGGCAGAACAGACAAUCUGAAAAAGACUCUGUUUGGAGCUCCAUUUAUGGUCUUGACUUAAGACUAAAACUAAAUUAAAAAUCUAUGAGUCCUAGAUGAGUCUAAAUGUAGAUAUAAUACUAACACAAACAUGAAGUGGCCAUUAUACUUAUGUCUCAAGAUGUUUAAUCCUACAGAAAAUCUGCAAAUUAUGUUUUUGCUAACGGAUAAAAACUGUAUGCUAUUCAAUAGUCAAACAUUUCUUAUUGUUUAUGUAAUUCAUAUUUUCUCUGAUUUAAUUAGUAGUGCUCUGUUUCCUUUUGUUUAAAUGAAAC